AUGGCGCUGGACCGGCAUCGUCCUGCCCCGCGCUUAACGGGUAUGGACCUGACCGAUAUGUCUCCAGAUCUCCCGUAUUUUGAACACCACGAGCUUGAGGGCGAUUGGCCGUUCACUACAAAACAGGCGUUUCAUCUGAUCCAUGCGCAGUCGCUAGGCGGGGUGAUUACCGACUAUGAUAGGUUCUACGCUAACGCGUUCCGGCAUCUUCUCCCCGGGGGUGCCCGGCUACUGGCACUAAGGGAGUGGGAGGCGCUGAUACACGAGGCGGCGGCCAAGUUUGACAAGCGAAUCAACGUGGCAGCCGAGCAGAAGGAGCUGAUGCACUCAGCUGGCCUUGUGCAAGUCGAUGAACAGAUAUUCAAGGUUCCCUUUGGCAAGUGGAGUGACGACCCAAUUUUGAAAAGAAUUGGGAGUUUCUAUGUGUACCAAAUGCAGUGCGCGCUGGAGGGAUACACGCUACGUCUAUUCACCAAGACAUUGGGCUGGUCAAAGGAAGACACUGAUGCCCUGAUUAAUCGGGUGCAGGAGGAAUUACAACAAAAGGAUCUGCGGCUUUAUUCAUAUUUUUAUCUUGUCAUAGGGCAAAAGCCAGCACAGGCCGCUCGAAAGCAAUAG